AAUAUACUCUGAUGUAAUCCAAAUUAAUAUCGAUACAACUUUUUAACCUCUACAAGUGAAGUUUGUAUUUGCACCUGUAAAAACAAUGUUGUUAUGAGCUCGGCACCCCUCAAAAUAACAAAAUUUUACUGGUGUGGUCUGGAUUUCCAGCUCCUUCAAUGUCACGUUUGUUGUGUGUCCAAUAGCUAACUGUUUGAUAUCGAAAUAGUUUUAUUUUAACACAUGAGACAUGUAUAAAUUAAAUUGUAUAUUAGUUAGUUCUGUGACUAACGCAUGUCGGCAGCUGGCUGUUUCCCUAAAUGCAAAUGGGAGCGCUCUAUGUGGAAGCAGUGUGCUGCAGCGAACAUUAUGUACCAGUGCUGUCAGACUUCAGGAGACAGCAGCAUCCAGUUCAGAGUCUGAGAAAACCUCCAGAGGCUUCAGCCAUUUUCCUCCGCUGCCUGGUCAGGACAGUCCACUGAGAUGGGGAGGAAAGAAGUUUGAGGAGUUACCAAUCCUUCACAUUAAAGCCACAUACAAUAACACACACAUCCAGCUGACAGACAGCGCGGGACAGUCGUUGGUGAGGACAUCCUGUGGAACAGAAGGCUUCAAGAAUAUCAAGAAGUCGACGCCCAUCGCUGCUCAGACUGCAGGCAUCUCUGCUGCAGCAAAAGCCACAGCAAAGGGAGUGACGUUCAUCCGUGUUGUGGUCAAAGGUAUCGGUCCUGGCCGUCUGUCUGCAAUCAAAGGCGUGACGAUGGGAGGCCUGGAGGUGGUAUCCAUCACUGACAACACCCCCGUGCCACACAAUGGAUGCCGCCCACGUAAAGCCAGAAGAAUAUGACCUCUGCGUACCAGAAUGCAACGCAACAGGAGGAAGCUCUUGUGUUGUAAUAUGUUAAUAAAGUGUUUCAUUGUACCUUACACAGUU